CUGCACAGGCCAGCAGUACAACAACAGAGUCACUGUCCUACGAGGCACUCAAUAUACGCCGCCACACUCACGUCCUCCUCGCUGCACACACAUGCAUCCCCUCCCGGCCGCUGCGGCGCUAUGCCACGCUUGUUGAUGUCAUUCCCGUCAGGCGUCUUGUACUUUCCCACUGUAACUCUCAGCGCACUCCCGUCCUCCAACUUGACCAGACUUUGGAUCAAAGCCUUGCCGUACGUCUUCUCGCCAAUCGCAGACGCCCUCCCGUUCUCCAGCAAAGCCGCAGCCAGCACCUCCGCAGCCGAAGCCGUGUUCUUGUCUACAAGCAGGGCGACCGAUGACGGCUCCCUCGCGUAUCUGCCGUCAUCUGUAGUGCGGUACACUUCAAUGAUGCGCCCAUCUCGUCCCUCCACAGACGUAAUGAGAGCGUCCCCGGGCAGCAGCAGCCGCGCCACAGCAGCACCCGACUCAAAGUUGCCACCAAGAUUGCGCCGCAAGUCCAAUACAAGCACGUCAGGAAGCGGCCGGUAGCCAUCGAGAAGCGCCGCCAACUCUUCCGCGGCGUCCUUGCUGAGCCGAUUGAUGCGAAUAAUGGCUGUCGGCCGUCCAUCGACAAGGGGAAACCGUCUGUCUGAAGGAGAGAUGGCGCGCACAGACGCGUUGGUCGACUGGCCGCUUAGUCGUUGAAGCACCACCUGUCUGGCCGCCCCGUCUCGACCGCUGAUGACUCCCACAGUGACGGACGUCCCAACGUCGCCCGCCAGAGCCAUCUGGAGGGCCUCUGCAUCGAGGCCUGACGUAGCCGCGCCAUCCACCGAGACAAUCCUGUCGCCUUUCUCUAGAUCUUGAAGUGCUGCAGGCGACGCUGCUCGCACACUCUCGAUCACAGGGAAGCCGCGCUGCAAGUCAACAGUCACCCGGAUGCCGGUGUCACCAUUGCCCACUUUGUACGCCGAUAGAAGACGGGAAUACUGCAGUCACAGACAGCGAUACACUCGCCUCUGGGGUGGUGACAAAACCAACCUCUCGUCGGCCACUCACCUGCUUCGGUGAGAGGAACUGAGUGAAUGGAUCGUUGAGGCUGCUGAUCAUCUCCCGAAUCGCCUCGUGUGUCUGCUCACGGCUUGUCAGCGGCCGCUUGAGCACCUCUUCACGCACCUCUUUCCACUUGCGGGAAGAGAACGAGCCGGAUGGGUCCACAAACGCCCGGUUGAUGACACCCCAUGCCUCAUUGAUAAGCCGUUUCUCCUCAGCUGACGAUACGCCGUCGUCGUCCAGCCGCAGCGAGAGCAGUAAACUGUCCCUAGGCAGGAACACCGGCUGAUGUCGUGACGACAGUAAGCUCACCGUAUGUUCGCGGGCUGCAGCUGCAUUUUCAGGGCCGAUGACGCUGGCAUUAGACGCGAGAGGGAUGAGUCCCAUAAUGCUGAGAAGCGCUGCAGCGAUGAAUCCACACAAGCCACUCGUUUCGCUCCAAAGAUUGUUGGACUCAUCGCUUCGUCCAUGCUCCACCCGUGCUGUCAACGUCGUGCAGUGACGCCAGCGCCUGGCGAGAGGAACAGGAAGAUUGCUGGCGUUCAUCCUGACACGAUGUGAGCCGCCGAUGUUGCAUAAGAGGAAAGCGCUGUUGGCUGACGAGAUGGGGACCGUUGCGAGCAUCGCGAUGCGAUGCCGUGGGCACGAGAGCAGAUGAUGUUGAUUGGAGGAAAG